AUGGGGUCCCCUCCACCUGAGCCCUCGGCCCAAUCCCGCCCUGGCGAUAUAGACGUCACUAUACCCUCGAACAGCGAAGCCCAAAUUACAGAUGUAGAGAGCCCUGACGACGAUGAUAACGAAACUACCCCCUUACAAAAUAAGAGUAUCCAUCGAGUUUCACCUUCGCCGAUCAUUGCCGACCACCGUCGUUUCCCGUCGAUCGAUGAAAGCGAUAGAGAUGUUACUGUGGCCGAGCCAAACGAAGAAGAGGUCGCAGAAGAGAAACCAGUAACAUGGAGCUCACUGCCCAAGAAAGGCCAACUGGCCAUUCUGACCUUGGCUCGGUUGUCAGAACCGCUCACGCAGACAUCGUUGCAAGCAUACAUGUUUUACCAGCUAAAGUCGUUUGACCCGUCGCUGCCGGACUCGACGAUCUCGGCCCAGGCUGGUAUUCUGCAGGGAAGUUUUACGGCUGCACAGUUCUUAACUGCGGUCUGGUGGGGUCGUUUGGCAGACGCAGAUUGGAUGGGCCGUAAGAGAGUUCUUAUGAUCGGAUUAUUUGGUACAUGUGUCUCUGCACUUGGAUUUGGCUUUUCCAGAUCAUUUGUCACUGCGGCAGUGUUCCGCACGUUGGGUGGUAUACUUAACAGUAAUCAGGGUGUUAUGCGCACGAUGAUCUCCGAGAUCAUCGCCGAGAAAAAGUACCAAUCAAGGGCGUUUCUACUUCUUCCCAUGUGCUUUAAUAUUGGUGUCAUUAUUGGUCCAGUACUUGGAGGAUCGUUGGCGGAUCCUGUCCACAGCUUCCCUUGGCUCUUUGGACCUGGAUCUUUGCUUGGAGGUAAAAAUGGUGUGUGGUGGAUGGAACACUGGCCUUACGCACUGCCAAAUAUCCUGAGUGCUUGGUUCAUUUUCAUCUCAUUCCUCGGAAUUUUCUUUGGUCUUGACGAGUCUCAUGAAGUUGCAAAGUACCGCAGCGAUUGGGGUCGCGAACUUGGCAAGAGAAUUACUCGCGCUUUCGCUCGCGCUUUUCGCAGACGUACGCAUCAAUACAACCCCCUGACUCGCUCUGAUGAGGAUGCAUCCAUGUAUCUGGGUAGAUCCUCCUGGUCCGCGCCACCAAGUCCAGUUGUUGCACGAUCGCAGCCACCUCGACGUCCGCGAAAACGGGCUGGACUCCGACAAAUCUGCACCCGCAACGUCCUGCUCACGCUUCUGGCUCAUUUCUUGCUUGCAUUCCACACCAGCGCAUUUAAUUCCAUGACAUUUGUCUUCCUGCCCACACCCCGCGCUCCCGAGGAUAGCCGAGAUGGUUUCUUUCACUUCAGUGGAGGUCUGGGCUUGCCAUCUGCACGAGUUGGUCUUGCAACUGCCAUCAUUGGCUUCAUCGGUCUACCUCUUCAGAUCUUCGUGUAUCCUCGCAUCCAAGGGAAACUCGGAACACUCAUUUCAUUCCGGACUUUCCUCCCCCUUUCCCCUAUGGCGUAUCUACUGAUGCCUUUCCUUGUCAUUCUACCUCGCGUUCCCUACAUUGUUUGGCCUUCUUUCACUUUUGUGGUGUCUUUGCAAGUUCUUUCUCGCACUUUUGUGUUGCCUGCUGCCAUCAUCCUUGUCAACAACUCUGUGACUGACUCAACUAUUUUGGGUACAGUGCACGGUGUGGCCCAAAGUAUCUCCAGCGCUGCUCGUACCUUGGGUCCACUUAUCGGUGGAUGGGGUCUUGGCCUGGGCCUUAUAAAUAACAUGGUUGGUGCUAUUUGGUGGGCCCUGGCUGCUGAGGCUUUGCUUGGUUACGUUGUGUUAUGGUUUAUCUAUGAGGGCAACGGGAUUGAAAAGCCCAAGCCCAUUGUGGAGGAGGAACAAGAGGAGUAA